UGUCACACUGUAACCGUAGUUCAAGGCUCAACACACCGAGAGAUAACUGUUCAUUACCAGUAUGGGCAACCUGCGAAUGCUCUCUGUUUUUUGUCUGGUCGUACUCGCCUCCGAGUUUGCAGCAGGAUGCAGUCGCUACAUGAGUUGUCCUCCGCUGUGGACCCUCUACGAUGGCCACUGCUACCGUUUCUUCGGGAUUCGGAAGACCUUCCAGGAAGCUGAGAGGCACUGUCAGCAGAUUACUGAGGGAGUGGAGGGCCAUCUUGUUUCCAUUGCCUGUGAAGAGGAAGAUGACCUGAUGUUUGAGAUGUGGGAGUCCUUAACAAUGUCACCGACCGCCACCUCAGACUUGAACUCCGUAUGGCUCGGCCUGACUGACACGUUGAACGAAGGGCAGUUUGUUUGGAUCGACGGGGCCAUCGUCACCUACACCGACUGGGGGGCAGUUGAACCGAAUGACGCGGACAGCGGUGAAGACUGCGCCGCGUUGCGCUUUCACUCCACGCUUGGCCGAUUUUGGAACGACCAGCCCUGCUCGACAGAGUUGCCGUAUAUCUGCAAGACGGCUGCCACAUUAGGCCAAUGAGCUCAAGUAUGGAUCGCAGUAUCCGCUACGACACUGGACUGUCGAAGAAACAACAGCUCGAUACUCUCUUGCAGUUCCAUUUCAAGACUUAUGUUAGCCAAUGUCCGUUUAUCUAUUAGUACUGUGCAAAUUAAACUGGCUUUAAAACAUAUGUUCGUUUCCUGGUGACGGGUUUAGUAACAUCUUUAUAAGCUUUUAAGUUUUACAUCAUUUAAUUUUUGUCUUACUAUUCCAACUACGGGGAACAAAGACAUAAUUAACUUGUCCUUCUGCUCUUGAAACAGAAGCUUUGACUAAGUAUUGUCUUGAAAUUGCAACAGCCCCGUAGCAUUUUGUCUUUUUUAGAAUCUUAGUUAUCACAUUCGAACGGUGUACGUACUUCAGUUGUUUGUGGAGACCCAUUUACAAGGUAAAGGAAACCGGCAUGUGGACUAUUUCUCUUCUCUUUUUUAUUUUGUUUUUAAUCUGUUGAAGUAUAUGUGUGCUAGUUAAAGAUUUGGACCCAUAUUUAUGGCACUAUCAGACUUUAAGUCAAGUGACCAAAAACAGAAGAUUAUCCUGUAUUCAUUUAAAAGUAAAGAUUUACUUGACCUAAACUGUAAGAGCAAAGUAACCAACAACAUUCUCGACUUCUGAAAGAACAUCUUUAAACCCACCCUCAAGGCAACAAUAAAUUAUCCAUUUUUCCAUGACACAAUCAUUUAUUGCUGAGCAAAUCAAACUUUCAUUAUAUUCACUUCGUUUUAGCCUCAUCUGCGUGUUGUUUUUCCCAGUUUGUUUCACAUUAGAAGAUUUAACUAAUAUCUGAUUUCAAAUCUGUAGAUAAAACACCCAUAGUAUUGAUGGUAAUCAUGGUAAUAUUCGCCUUGCGUUCGCUUUUCAAAAGAAUAAAAUUUGCAAAUACUGGUGGAUUUGAAGAUAGGCAACAUUGAAUUACUUAGUUUUGCUAUACAGUAUUUUCAAAAAGAGCAUUUAAGAUCAACUUUUGCCCUGAAUACAUCUCAGAGUAAAUAUGAACUUUAAAACUUCUAUUUAGAAGGUUUCCUAACUUUUGCAAAAUGGUCAGCAUUAUGCUGAAAAUGACUUACAUGUGAAUGAGUUGGAUUUUUUGGCCCUGCCCGACAUGUUAAGGAACGAUGUAUAGUCGGUGUACUCAGUGUUUUCCCGACAGCUUGUGAGAAAUUUAAAUUAAAUUAUAGAUAAAUAAAACAUGAAUAAAUUACCCCCCUUGA